CCUCCCUCUCUCCUCACUCGCUUCCCGCACGUUGACAACACGGCGUGAAACAAGACAAACAAACCACGAGAAGGAGGGUAAAGGGGCGAAGUGAGUGCGCGCGGGCGAGCCACAACAAUGACCUGACUAUAUUUGAAUGGAUUAGCCAAUCUAUUCUGAGCUCUAAUGAGAUUAGAGAGUCAGUGUAGACAUGGGUCUCGGCGGCGCGCUUCUUUUCCAUGAGCUCCUCCGGGAAGCUUCUCCCUGGGAAUGGCGUUUCUGAAGCGGCUGAGCAUGUCGCGGAUGUCCGGGGCGCAGAGCGAACGUGUCGAGGAGCGCUCACCUGUGCCGCUCUUGUGAAGCGCGCUUUCUCCAAAGAAGAGAAGAAGUAGCUGCAAGAUGAAGUACCAGAAAUACAUCACGGUGAUGCAGAUGGCCAUGGGAGUGACAGCGUCCAACAAAGACUGCCUCCCUGCCAAAAGACAGCUGUGGGUGACUCCUUCAGAUGGAGAAACAUCCCCAGGAGCUGCUGACGGUUCUGAUGGGCCUGCAGGUGCUACUGGUGGUGCUGGUGCUAUGGUAAUGUCUGCCACCUCCACUCUCUCGCUGCCUAUGAGCCAAGGCAAACCUUCCUUACGUCGCAUAAAAGGCCGCAUUCACCGCAGCAAGAGCCUGGACAGCAUCGACCUGCUGGAUUCAAAUAGUGCAGCGAUGGAGGAAACUGUCAUAUGGGAGCAGCACACAGUGACGCUGCACAGGGCCCCUGGAUUUGGUUUUGGCAUUGCCAUCUCAGGGGGGCGAGACAACCCUCAUUUUCAGAGUGGAGAGACGUCAAUUGUGAUAUCCGAUGUUUUGAAAGGAGGUCCUGCAGAGGGGCUACUGCAAGAGAAUGAUCGUGUAGUAAUGGUCAAUGCAGUGUCUAUGGACAAUGUAGAGCACGCGUAUGCAGUGCAGCAGCUCCGCAAGAGUGGCAAAAAUGCAAAGAUUACUAUUCGUAGGAAAAGGAAAGUGCAAAUCCCUGUUUCCAGACCAGGGGACAGAGAGACGAUGUCGGAGCACGAGGAAGAGGAUAGCGACGAAGAGGAUGGUUGUGAUCAUCACAGCGGCCGUGCUGGCCAAAGUGCCCAUGGAGGAGCAGCUGCAGGCACAAGCACUGGUCGGCGUCAUGACCGUGAGCGUAGCAGCAGUAGCAGGCGGGAUCACAGUGCCUCGCGGGAGAGGAGCAUCUCACCCCGCUCCGAUCGCCGCUCACAAGCCUCUUCUGCUCCGGCCAGGCCUGCCAAGGUCACUCUAGUCAAGUCCAGAAAAAAUGAAGCAGAAUAUGGACUCCGGUUGGCAAGCCACAUCUUUGUGAAGGACAUCUCUCCUGAAAGCCUUGCUGCCCGAGAUGGAAACAUUCAGGAGGGAGAUGUUGUGUUGAAGAUCAAUGGCACAGUUACUGAGAACCUGUCGCUGAUAGAUGCUAAGAAGCUGAUUGAGAGGUCAAAGGGCAAGUUGAAGAUGGUUGUGCAGAGGGAUGACCGGGCCACCCUUCUCAACAUCCCAGAUAUGGAUGACAGUAUCCCUUCAGCAAAUAACUCGGACAGAGAUGACAUUUCAGAAAUACAUUCGCUCACAUCCGAUCAUUCCAAUCCAUCACAUGGGCGUGGAAGUCGAUCGCGCUCGCCUGACAAGACCGAGCCCUCGCCUCAUCUUCGUCACUCCCCUCGGCAGAUCAGUAAUGGCAGCCACAGGACUCGAGAUGAUGAGCGCAUGUCGAAACCAGGGGCCAUGUCUACACCUGUCAAGAGCUCUGAUGAUGGUGUCUUGUCUCAGUCCAGUGAUCAGACCAGCUCCAGAGAUGACAAACUUUUACCCCCAUUGCCUGAACCGAAGCCUGUUUAUGCACAGCCUGGGCAGCCUGAUGUUGAUCUCCCAGUCAGCCCGUCGGAUGCCCCUGUGCCCAGCGCUGCCCAUGAUGACAGUAUCCUACGGCCAAGCAUGAAGCUGGUCAAGUUCAAGAAGGGAGAAAGUGUCGGUCUGCGGUUAGCGGGAGGCAACGACGUGGGGAUAUUUGUGGCAGGAGUUUUGGAGGACAGCCCUGCAGCUAAGGAGGGACUGGAGGAAGGAGACCAGAUUCUCAGGGUGAACAACGUGGACUUUGCAAAUAUCAUUCGGGAAGAAGCUGUGCUGUUUCUUUUGGAUCUUCCAAGAGGAGAUGAGGUCACCAUCUUGGCGCAGAGAAAGAAGGACGUGUACCGGAGGAUAGUUGAAUCAGAUGUUGGCGACUCAUUCUACAUCCGCACACAUUUCGAGUAUGAAAAAGAGUCCCCCUAUGGUUUGAGCUUCAACAAGGGCGAGGUGUUCCGUGUGGUAGACACGCUUUACAACGGCAAGUUGGGCUCCUGGCUUGCCAUUCGCAUUGGCAAGAAUCACCAGGAAGUAGAGCGAGGCAUUAUCCCAAAUAAGAACAGAGCUGAGCAGCUGUCAAGCGUGCAGUAUACCCUGCCCAAGACACCAGGUGGAGACAGAGCGGAUUUCUGGCGAUUCCGUGGCUUGCGAAGCUCGAAGAGGAACUUGCGGAAAAGCAGGGAAGACCUGUCAGCGCAGCCUGUUCAGACCAAGUUUCCUGCAUAUGAGCGAGUGGUGCUGAGGGAAGCUGGAUUCCUGCGACCUGUGGUCAUUUUUGGACCAAUAGCGGAUGUGGCGAGAGAGAAACUGGCCAGGGAGGAACCAGACAUUUUUGAGUUGGCAAAAACACAGAAACAACAAGGAGGGGAAAAGAGCGAACCACGCGAUGCAGGAACGGACCAGAAGAGCUCGGGCAUCAUUCGUUUGCACACUAUUAAACAGAUCAUCGACCGGGACAAACAUGCUGUGCUGGACAUCACGCCGAACGCAGUGGACCGUCUCAACUAUGCCCAGUGGUAUCCAAUUGUGGUCUUUCUCAACCCAGACACGAAGCAAGGUGUCAAGAACAUGAGGACACGGCUUUGCCCAGAAUCCAGAAAGAGUGCCCGGAAGCUCCACGAUCGAGCUCUCAAGUUGAGGAAGAACAACCACCACCUUUUCACAACAACCAUCAAUCUGAACAGCAUGAACGAUGGCUGGUUUGGAGCUCUGAAGGAGAUCAUCCAGCAGCAGCAGAACCAACUGGUGUGGGUUUCUGAGGGCAAGGCUGACGGAGCAACAGAGGAUGACCUGGAUAUCCACGAUGACCGUCUGUCCUACCUGUCAGCCCCAGGCAGCGAGUAUUCCAUGUACAGCACAGACAGCCGCCACACCUCUGAUUAUGAAGACACAGACACAGAGGGAGGAGCCUACACGGACCAGGAGCUGGAUGAAACCCUGAAUGAUGACGUGGGGCCACCCAUCGAGCCUGCCAUCACUCGCUCUUCUGAGCCUGUGCGUGAGGACCCACCUGUCAUCCAGGAACCCCCUGGCUAUGUCGUCUACCCACAUACAUUGCAGCCGGACCCUCUCAACCGCAUCGACCCAGCUGGGUUCAAGGCUCCCGCACCGCAGCAGAAAGCAGAGGCCGCUGUCGUCCCUAGCGUCCCCAAGCAGCCUGAGCCGCUGGCUGAAACAGUAACCCCUGUCGCCGACGUUACUGUAAAAAGUGUAGAGGGUCAGGGCCCUGCCGAGGCUCCUGCAGCUGGCCACAGCAAACCAAGCCCCAUGCCUGAGCCUGGCUCACUUAGGAGGCCCACCCCUGAGCUAGCCACUCAGAUCGUCCCUCCAGAACCUCUGCAGUCUGGACAGACCAGUUCAGAAUCCAAGGUGUUUCCGAAGGAUCCGUACACUGCAGACAACACAACAAGACAUGGGAAUGGCAUGAAGCCUGUGGCCUACAACCCACAGCAGGGGUAUCACUCUGAUCAGCAGCCAUACAGAGAUUAUGACCACCCACCCAGUAGGUAUGAUGUCAGCAGCAGUGGAGUCAGCAGUGGCGGUGGUUACUCAGAACCAAAGUACCGUAAUUAUGAUUCUCACGCAUCCUAUGAGAACAGUGUGCCUCAGUACGACCAGCAGCAGCAGUGGAACCCCUACAGCCCGUCACACUCUACUGCCAACUCCCAGAGCUUUGAACACCGUUUGCCGUACAGUGAUGGCACUGACUCUCAGUACACCCCACCGCUCCGCUACGAUGAGCCACCCCCUCAGCACGGCUUCGACGGCCGUCCUCGCUACGGUAAGCCCACAGCAACGGGCCUGGUUCGUCACGAGGAUCCCUCAGUUCCUUCAGGACAAGAUCUGCAUUAUAACCCGGACUUGAGCGCAUACAGUGCAAUUUCCCGCUCUCCUGAGCCGAAUGCCCACCGGCCUGCUUACAACCAGGGACCGGCACCGCUGCAGAAAGGGUUCAAACAACACCAGUAUGACCCUGCAUCUGGGAACUCGCAACCCAGCCCCAUGCCGUCUCCCAAACCUGAAUCCUCCUCCCCUUCACCUGCGGAACCUCCAAAACAAGCCGAGGACGACCCAGCGAUGCGGCCGCAGUCUGUCCUGACACGAGUCAAGAUGUUUGAGAACAAGCGCUCUGUGUCUGUGGACCGAGCAAGAGACUCGUCUGAUCCAGCUAUUAACAAGGCCAAUGACUUACCCUUGAAACCUGGAGGAAUAAUCCCAAAAGCAAAUUCUCUGAGCAACCUGGAUCAAGAAAAGGCAUACAGAGCCCCCGAGCCACAGAAGCCUAAUUCUCAAGUAGCGGAUGAUAUUGUGCGGUCCAACCACUACAAUCCUGAUGAGGAUGAGGACUACUACAGAAAACAGUUGUCUUAUUUCGACAGACUACAGACAGGACCAGCAAAGCCCCAAUCACAAGCACAAACAUCCCUCAGCUACAACAGGACGGAAUCUACAGACAAGCUCAUGCCAGUGGACAAGAAAUAUGAACCAGUCCCGCAGGUGACCCCUGCAUUGCCUCCUGCCACUCUGCCCAAACCAGAAGCCAAGCCUUCGGCCAGCGAGGACACUGUCCAGAGCAACUUCCUGCCUCACAAGAGUUUCCCAGAAAAGUCUCCAGUCAAUGGCACAAGUGAUCACACAAAGUCCAUCACAGGAACUGGGACUCUGUCGGCGUCUAGCUACAACCGUUAUGUGCCCAAACCCUACACCACCUCCGCCAGGCCUUUUGAGCGCAAGUUUGAAACCCCUAAAUUUAACCACAAUCUACUGCCUAACGACAAAGCUGACAUUGCUUCCAAGGGCCGCACCACGAGUCCGGUGAAGCCCCAGAUCACCUCACAACCCCAGAACACAGACCACGACAGUGGCCUUGACACAUUCACCAGAACCAUGGAGCACCGCUCCAUGUAUCAGCACAAUAACAUCAAUGCUGUCCCCAAAGCCAUUCCAGUCAGCCCCACUGCCCUUGAUGAUGAUGAAGACGAAGAUGAAGGUCACACAGUCGUCGCGACUGCAAGAGGGAUCUUUAACUCUAAUGGCGGCGUCCUGAGCUCAAUAGAGACCGGCGUCAGCAUCAUUAUCCCACAAGGAGCCAUUCCCGAAGGUGUGGAGCAGGAGAUUUACUUCAAGGUCUGCAGAGACAACAGCAUCCUGCCACCACUGGACAAGGAGAAAGGAGAAACUCUGCUCAGCCCGUUGGUGAUGUGUGGACCUCACGGUCUCAAGUUCCUGAAGCCCGUGGAGCUGCGCUUGCCUCACUGUGCGUCAAUGACCCCUGAUGGUUGGUCUUUUGCUCUAAAAUCCUCCGACUCCUCGUCGGGUGACCCCAAAAGCUGGCAGAACAAGUCCCUCCCCGGAGACCCCAACUACCUGGUGGGAGCCAACUGCGUCUCUGUGCUCAUUGACCACUUCUAAAUCCGGGCCGGGGCUACAGCGGACGACAACACACAUGACUACAACACGCACUCCUCACGCCCCUCUCACACAGACAUGAAGAAGGUGCUGUUUGAAGCAAAGACACUAAAAGAGAAUAAAAGUUUUUUGAUGUGAAAUGAAUCCACUGAUGCAUGACCCCCACCCAUCAUGGAUAGACCCCAUAUAUAUAUAUGGUGUAAUGUAAAUUUAUACAUGGAUGAGAUUCAAAGUUGAACCUCCUGUGUAGCAAUUACAAAAACUCUUGAUGUAUUUAUGCUAUAUAUGCGUAUGCUAUAUAUAGUAGAGUAGAAGAAAAUUUUACUCAUGAAGUUCUUUGUCAGUUCUAGUGACUGAAUAUGACUCUAGAUCUCCUUUUUUGAGGGAAUAAUUGAAGGUUUUCAGAUAGCAAUUGGAAGGAAAAUGACCUAGGAGCCCACUUGUAGAAUCCUCUGUUCUUCCUUUUCUUCCUUCCUUUUCUGACAGGAGUAUUUUGUAGCUUGAUUUCUUACCGAGUUCCAAGCCUCUCCUUCCAUCCUGAGGGAGAUCUAUGCAUGUUCCUUACUCAGGUCCAGUGGCCUCCUCAGUUACUUCCUCUCUUUAAUUCUCUCUCUUUUUUGCACUCACACAAACACACACACACACACCAAUAAGCAGUGAUGCCUUAUCUGCCAAUUAUUCACGUCACAAUUGACACAAUAAGUUAAUAAAUAUUUUAAUGUUUCGGUGAGCCUGAAAUGAGGUUUUGGUUCAACACAGAGUUGAUAAAGGAUAACACCGGUUUGCUCUUCUUUUAUCUGCUAUGCAUUACUUCCAAUAACAUGGACGGAGAAGAAGUGGCUGUAAAUAAAGCUAGCGUAUUGCCUUGGUUCUUUUGUUUGUAAAUGAACGUUUUUGUAAUUUGUUUCUUUUUUGUAUAAAAAAAAAACAAAAACAGAGAAAACAUGUUUUGAAAAGUGGACCGUCGGCUAUCUUUGUAUACCCUCGAGCCUUGGAACUUUUAACCUGACAAUAAUGCAUCACGACUUUUUCUACCAGGACGUUCACACUCAGUUUAAGCUCACAGAAGGCUUUCUUCAAAUAAAGUGUUUUGGGCUACAGAAGCGUUUUCUUGUUGGAAGGGUGUGCUCCCAAAGUGUCCCCUCACUGAUUUGUGAUACUGGAUGCUGUAUUGUGUGCCCUUAAAUGUAUUUUUGUACUCAUAGACGAUAUAUGAUGUAUGGCACACCAGUACCGUUUUAUUUCUAGACUUAACAGCUUUAAUUGGAUUAUUAGUUCUUCACGUGUGGCUGACUUUUUUUUUUCUCCUGCAACACAACUUUAAAUAUACCACUGUAUUAAUAAAUAAAAUCAUUUUUAAAGUAAA